GUGCAAUUUUCUGAAGUACAUUCUGCGAAAAACGUUUCUAAAUUACAAAUAAACUGAGCAGGCUAAACAAAAAGACACAAUGGAGGCCGUGCCGCGUCUGCACAUGCUAUGGUUUGCCCUCAAAUCCAGCCCAGAGGGCACAUCGUUCGCAGCCCUCAAAAAGUACAUAGCCGAAUUCUAUCACGAAGAUCCGGAGGCCUUUUCCAAGGAGGUGCACGCUUUGGAAACGCUGCGUAACCAGGCCAUGCGCACCACCAAGGACGGCGCUCCAAUUAUGAAGCGCUACUAUUGCCAGCUGCAUGCGCUGCAGAACCGCUUCCCGCAGCUGGCGGAGCGUAGCAUCUUCACGUUCACCUGGAAGGAUCUCUAUCACAGUACAGUGCAUGAGGUGAGCGACAUACGCUACGAACGUGCCGCUGUGCUCUUCAACAUUGCCGCCUCGCACACCCAGUCGGGCGCUUCGGUGACGCGCGGCGAUGUCGAUGGCAUGAAAAUGGCCUGCACACAUUUUCAGGCCGCUGCGUGGGCCUAUAAUGAGCUGCGGGAACGCUAUGCGAAUGUCAACAGUGGCGGUGAUUUUAUGACCACCGAGCUGUUGGUCUUCCAGCAGCAGGUGUGCCUCGCCCAGGCACAGGAAUGUAUACUGGAAAAGUCGCUUAUUGAUAACCGAAAGCCGCACAUUGUGGCCAAGGUGACGGCACAGAUUGUUGUCUACUAUGGUGCAGCUCUGGCGGCGCUGCUCACCGGCGGCGAUGACGGACCCGUUGCUCAGGUCAUCGAUAGCUCCGUCUACAAGCUAUGGAAGAAAUAUGUCAAAUUCAAGAUAAAUUAUCUGCACUGCAUAUUGUACUUGUAUCAGGGCCAACAAGCUGAGGAGCAGCGCAAAAUGGGCGAACGCCUGACGCUCUAUCAGGCGGCCUGGGACAAACUGGAGGAGGCACGCAAAGAGUCCAAGGGUCUGCCGGACCAAAAGGAAAUCAACGAAUCCCUCAGCUUCACCGCCGAUGUGGUCGAGGGCAAGCGCAAGAAUGCCAAAAACGAAAACGAGUUCAUCUACCAUGAGGCUGUGCCGGAGCUGACCACUAUUGCAGCCGUGCAGGGCGCCAAUUUGGUAAAUGGCAUUGGGUUUUCUGUAACGGAUGAGGAGGUUGCAGGCGCCGAUAUAUUUGCUCGAUUGGUGCCCAUGAAAGCGCACGAGGCCAGCUCCAUGUACAGUGAGGAGAAGGCGAAAUUGCUGCGCAAAUAUGGCGCAUUGCUGGAGGAGAAGGACACACAGCUGGAUAGCUACAUGAGCUCGCUAACCUUGGACAAUCUCAACAUAAACGAGGAGCAGGCCAACAAGCUGCCCCAGGGCAUUGUCGAUCGCUGUGCGGCGCUGCAUGCCAACAAAACGGCCAUCAGCGAUCUGAUCGAGGCCAUGUCCCAGCUGGCAGAAAUCACAGCCGAUGUGGAGACCAAUCUCAGUGAGCUAACGCACAUGCUCGAAGCGGAAGCCCAAGCGGAGCGCGAAUUUCAAGCAGCCAGCGGCGUGCAGCGUACACCCAAUGCCCACAUUACGGAAUUGACGCGAGAGUUCCAGAAAUACAGCGAAGCGCACGCCAGGGCAGGCGAGUCCAACAAUACGCUGCGCAAGGCCAUGAGUUUGCAUGUGAAUAAUCUAAAGAUACUGGCGCGUCCACUGCAGGAAAUACAACAGCUGAUGCCCAAGCUCAGCUCGGAGCUGAACACCGCAGAGAUCUUCAAGGAUGUCAAAUUGAUUGUGAACAAGGUGAAUGAGAUGAAGGCGCAGCGCGCACAAUUCCAUGCGGAUCUGCGCAUUGCCAUCAAUGAGGAUGACAUCACGACUAAGGUGAUUGCCCAUGGCGGCCAGGAGGGCCUGCAGGUGCUCUUCGCCACGGAGCUGGCCAAGCACGAUCGCCUCACCCAGCUGCUCGAUCAAAAUAUGCUGGCCCAACAAAAUAUUCUGCAGGCCCUGACCGAGGCGUAUGCGCGUGCCGCACCCGUGCUGAAAACGCUGCAGGAUGUGAAACAGAAGCGCGAGCAUUUCUACAGCUCACUGGCUGCCUCCUAUGAUGUGUAUGAGGAUCUGCUGGCCAAGUCGGCCAAGGGUCUGGAGUUCUACAAGAAGCUAGCGGGCAAUGUGCAAAAACUCUUGACACGCUUCAAGUCCGCACGCGAUGUCCAAUCCGAGGAGCGACAGCAGCGUCUGCAGAGCGUCAAAGCGGCGCCAUCUGCUGCUGCUAUGCCCGCUGUCAGCAAGCCAGAAAUUGCUUCGACUGUAACCAGCGGCGCGCCCAAACUACGUGAUUAUCUGAAGGCCAAACAAAAUGGCAUUGCGGCAGCCACACUGGAUGCCGCAACUUAUCUGCCCACUGUGCGCCCGGUCCCGGUGGGCUCUGAGAAUCCCACGCAGGCCGCCUGCUCUGUCUACGCCAGCGCACCGCCGCCCAAUGAGCCGCCGCCGCCCUACAGCCUGCAGCAUCAGCAAUACUACGACCCCAAUGCCGCGGGCUAUACCAAUCCUAUGUACCAGCAACAGCAGCAGCACAUUGCGCCGCCCGCCUACAAGGCGCAAGCCUCGCCCAACUCACAAACGCUGCACGGCGCCAUGGCACAGCUCAGCAUGCAACAGCAGCAGCAGCAGUUGCCCCCGGCGGAGCCAGUCGCAGCUUAUGGCCAGCAGCCACAAUUGGGCUAUGGCUACAAUUAUCCCCUGGCGUAUCCAGCGCCUGCAGCCUCACCUGCUCAACAGAACUACAACUACCAGCAACCGCUCUAUGUGGCCACAUCCGCACAGCCCAGCGAGCCUUUGAGCUAUUCACAGCCACAGCAGUUGGGAUAUGCCCAGCCGCAGACGACACAGCAGCCCCUGGCCCAUCAACAAUCCAAUGCUGCGCAGGCCUAUCCGCCAGCUGUGGCUGCGACCCAGCAGGCAUCCAAUUUUACGCAGCAACAACAGAUUUCUAUGUAUCCGCAGCCAGCUGCUGCCGCAUACGCUCAGCAGGCACAGACAGUGCCUCAGCAGCCAGUCCAAUCUCAGACGCCCCAACCAGCCGGCAGUUAUCCGCAAUCGCAGACACCUCAACAGCCAGCCAAUUAUUCCCAGGCUCCGACGCCCCAACAAGCAGCCAGUUAUCCACAGGCGCAGACGCCCCAACAACCAGCCAGUUAUGCUCAAGCCCAAACUCCGCAGCAGCCGCCAACUGCGGCCUAUUCUGCUGCGCCGCAGUCCACAGCCUAUGGUCAGCCUUCAAGUUUUGGCCAGCCUCAGAUGCCAGCGCAGCCAGCCUUGUAUCCUUCACAGGUGGUGCCGCAAUCUGCACCUGUGCCAUCAACGCCAGCAGCCAUGCAAUAUCCAGUGGCCACCGCCGCCUCAGUGCCAGUUCCCAGUGUUGAUAGCAAUUUCUUGAGCUACUCGAAUCAUCCUGGCUAUAGCUUUAAUCCACAAACGGGCAUCUAUGAGUACAGCAGUGGCUAUCAGCAUGAGAGCAAUAAUAUUCCAAAGGUUUCGCAUGGCCAAUUUGGCCAAUUCACGCAAAGCGGACAGCAGCAGGCGGCCGUUGUGGGCACCACAGACUCGGAGCAAGCCAAUCGCAGCAGUUUGGCCACGGGCUUUGAUUCGCCCAUAGUUUCGCAUACAAAGGCAGCAAGUGGCGCCGCCGACUCCAGUGCUCCGAGUCAACCGGCCGAGGUGACGGGUAACUAUUAUACACCACCAUAUGGCUAUCAUUCUUCUGGCGGAACGCUCACACAGCAACAGCAGCCACAGCCGCAGCUGCAGGCGGAGCAGCAGCCUGCAACGACAGCUGCCGCCGCACCCAUCAAUCCGAAGUCCUCAAUUUAUAUGCAGAGCGGCGGCAGCAGCAUUGCCAACACCCAGACGACCACAAGCAGCGCACCCUACGCCUCAUCGGCGCUGCAGAGCGAAACCAAGCCGACAACGUCCGAUGUCAGCAAUGUGGACUUGCUUAGCGAUUUGGACUUGGACUGUGCAGGCGCGGUGCCGCCGCCGUUGCUGCAGCCACAGAUUGUGGCAACACCAACGCCGCCGCCGUCCGUGGCUGCUAGCGAUUGUGCAGUGGAUGCCAUUGCCGGCACACCCACAGCUGCUGCAAUCUCGCCGAUGGCCUCGCCUUCAGUGUCAGCGGCUGCAGCGCUGCGAAAAAAUAGUAUUGACAAUCUUUCCAACUGCUCAGACUUGAGCUCCCUGGAGAACUUUGACUGGGAUUCGGUUUCAUUGACACAUUCCGCCAGCGAAAAGCAACAGGCAACAAAUGGACAUCCUCUAAUUACAUUCCAAAUGCGCGCUCACGAUCCGUUCGGCGAUGAUAAGACGCUCAAAUACUUCCACAAGGAGGUGGAGAGCUACGAGAAGCUCGUUGAGAAUUUACAUGUCAAAAUGUUAAAUGGCAAUACCCAGCUGGGCAGCAAAUGGUUGGAGUUGCAGCAGAAGCUGGAUAAGGACAGCAGCGUGAACCGCACGACGACCAUAGCAAAGCUGUUUCCCGAGAAGAAUCGCUCACUGGACUGUCUGCCCUACGAUCAUGCGCGCGUCAAGCUGGACAAGCAGACGGAUGACUACAUCAAUGCGGCUUACAUGAAGUGCCUCAGCGCUGGUUGUCCAAACAUUAUCGUAUCACAAACUCCGCAAGCGAACACCAUCAACGAUUUCUGGUCUAUGAUUUGGUCAGAAAAGUCUCGCACUGUGGUUUGCCUGCACACCACCAAUGAGCUCUUUGAUCCCUAUUGGCCGCAGUUGCUCAACCAGCCCACACACUACGACGACUAUACUGUGAACUGUGUAAAGCUGCAGCAGCUCAGCCACUGCACGGAGUACCAACUGAAGCUAUCGAUGCAUGGCGCCGAUGCUAUUCUGGACUUGUCGCUGCUGCAGCUCAAGCAAUGGACCAAAGCUUCACCCACUCAAUUGUUGGGCAUAGCGCAGAAUGCGCUGCAGACGCAUCAGCAGCGUUGUCUAGCGGCCAAUACACCCACAUCGCCGCUCAUUUUGAACUGUUUGACGGGCUCCGAGCGCUCCGAGCUGGUGGCUAUUGCAAUAUGUGCAUUGAUGGGCACGCAAAACAAGCGGCCCAUUUUAAUAAAUGUGGUCGAUGUGUGGUCACGUAUUUGCAUGCAGCGUCAAAAUUCGCUCCGUGACGCAGCCAUCCUGGAGCAGUCCAUGCAAAUCGUCUUGAGCAAUGCUCAUAAUGUGCUCAACAAACGUGGGAUUAUGACAUCAUAUCAAAUGAAAAUGGCACCCCAGGUAACAGCCAAGGAGCAACAGGAGACCAAGGAUCCAUUAAACGAACUGGAUGCGCUGUGGAAAAUGAAAUAAACGACUGACGAUGCUUGCAUCGCAAGGUUGCUUAAUAUAUAUACACACAUUUUAAUCAAAAUGAUAAUGUUUAUAAUAUUUAUACAACUAUUUACUACAACUAUCAACUACCUACAUACAUAUAUAUACAUAUUUAUACACGGCUCUAAGAUUGUUGCAAACAAUUGAAGUGCGAUAAAAAGAAAACAUAGUAUUGAAAUAACGAAACAUUUGAAUUGUAUUUGUCCUUCUAUUAACUUGUUAUAUCAAAUGUAUUUCAAACUAUGGUGAUGUUUAUUAAUGCUGACUAUAUCUCUAUAUCUAAAAACGUUUGUGAAAGUCUAUGUAAUGAUGUUGCGCGUAUCUAACGGCAAAUUGAUCAAUAAACGUAUGCAAAUAAAUUAAUCAA